CCGACCGUUCAGUGUGCGGCAGAUAACCGGCUGGUGCAGGCACGGGUGCAGCUUCUUCGCCUAGGGCGUAACAAUUCGGCGAGUAAGAUCGCGCGCGUACAAUCCAGUUUCCAGCUAGUGUUUCGAAUUGAGUUCUAUUUUGAGAUCCAAUUUCUCGGUUUUUUUCAAGAACUUGUGUCCUUGAAGAAGCUUUUCCGUGUAGUGAUCUCUCUUUCUCUCUCACACUUUCCGCCUAAGUGUGUAUCAAAGUGAAUUUCCCUCCGCUUUAGUGGAUGGGAAUAGUGAUUCCUUACUCAAUCUCCACGUGACGAGCAGGCUUGAAAAAGGCUCCUCCAGGCCACCAUUUUGCCACUGCCGGGACUGCUGUUGCGCUGCUGUGUGUGAAAGUUAUGUGCAAACCGACCACGGUCCUCGUUCCCUGCAAAACCAGACGUCUGGACGCAUUGAGCCGUCACCAGUGCAGUGGAAGAACAUUAUCGAGUAGUUCAGAGGGCGCUGAAAAGCCGUGAACAGCUUUUCGAAUUUUUGGGUGACCAAAAGUGACAAAUCAAAAAGCGACCCAAAGUCUUUAAGAAGUCUUUGAAGAUAGUGUGUGACAUCUCUCUCUCUCUCUCUCUCUCUGUGAAGAAGGAAACAGAUCCGAGCGCAGGUUCGUCGUCACAGCCGGGCACGAGCAAGGCAGGCAGCUCCAAAAAGCACAAUCACAGUCUCUCGCUACAGACCAGCCUCACGAUGGUGGCCGGCGCAGGCGGCAGUAACUUCCACUCCGAGUUCCGGAACGAUCCGGUCGUGAAGGAGAUGCGCCAAAUACGGGAGGAGAAUGCACGGCGCCAGAAGCACGACUACUCGCACGUAUUUCGCAACAAAUCUCGGUUCGAUUUCAUUAGAAUCUCAGCAGUGAUCAUGGGCAUGGAGUUUGUCUACUCGGCCGAGACGGCCUUCGUCUCACCGAUCCUGCUCAGCAUCGGCAUCGAGCAUCAGCUCAUGACCAUGGUGUGGGGCAUCUCGCCCCUGAUCGGCUUCUUCCUAUCGCCCGUUAUCGGUUCCGUCAGCGAUCGGUGCCGGUCGAGGUUUGGGCGUCGCCGGCCGGUACUGUUUGCGCUCGGCGUCGGUUUGAUAACGGGCUGCAUAUUGGUACCGUACGGUCGGAACAUUGGCGCGUGGUUUGGAGAUUUGGGCGAAUAUGUGGACGAUCCGGCCAACACGAUCAAUGGGGCGGCCGCCCUGAUCGACAUUAACGGGACGGUCGUGUCGGAUGCGCUACGGUCGUACAAUUUCUACCGCAUCGAGGAGCAGAUUGCGGAGCAUCGGACCGACUACCGGUGGGCGAUCGUGAUCACCAUCAUCGGCACGAUCCUGACUGACUUUAAUGCGGACAACUGUAUGACACCGUCGCGUGCCUUCCUGCUGGAUGUGUCGCUGCCAGAGGAUCAUGGUCGCGCAUGCAGUACCUUCUCCAUUCUGGCCGGUCUCGGUGGCUCGAUCGGGUAUGCAAUGGGAGGAAUCAACUGGGAUGAAACGUCGUUCGGCGAGUUCCUCGGCGGCAGUAUCAAAACCGUCUUCACGCUCGUAGUCAUCAUCUUCACCAUCUGCCUCACGAUCAGCUUGACGAGCUUCCGGGAGAUCCCGCUGCCACUGCUUGAGUCGGACGAUCUGCUGCGGCCCCUGACGGAGGCAGCGAUCAAGAAGGAGAAGGCCCGCCGCCAGAACCAAAUUUUUGUGGUGAAAGACGUGAGCAAAGCGCUGACGGCACAGCUGCAGUCGAUCCAGUCGCCGCAGGAUGCCGUACCGCAGAAGAUCAACAACGCGCUGGUCGACGUGGAGCGGGCUCCACGUGGAAAGGAUGAGGUCGAGUUGGUGGAGGAGGAGGACGAGAAUGUGCAGAUGGGCCCGAUGGACUUUAUCAAGAGCAUCGUCAUGAUGCCGAAAUCGAUUGCCGUGCUGUGUCUGACAAAUCUGUUCUGCUGGAUGAGCCAUCUGAGUUACGCGCUGUACUUUACCGACUUUGUCGGGGAGGAGGUGUUUAAGGGAAAUCCGGCGGCACCGUCCAACUCGGAUGAGUACAAGCUGUUCCUGGAGGGCGUUCGGUACGCUUGCUUCGGGAUGGCCAUCUAUUCGAUCUCCUGCUCGACCUGCUCGUUCACGAUCGAGAAGUUGAUUAAGGUGCUGCGGGCGAGGACGGUGUACUGUGGGGGACUGAUUUUGGACGCAAUCGGUAUGGCGUGUAUGGCGUUCUUCCCCAACAAGGUGACGGUGUACGUGCUGAGUGCGACGGGUGGCAUUGUGUACGCGCUGCUGUUCACCAUGCCGUUCCUGCUGCUCGGACAAUAUCACGCGAAAGGCACGUUUAAGGUAGCGAAACCGGGCGCGGAAGUGACACAGGAGCGCAAGCGCGGUCUCGCAACGGACAUUGCCGUCGUCGGCGGCAUGAUCUUCGUGGCGCAGAUCAUUGUCGCGCUCGGCAUGGGAUCGCUCAUCUCCGCCUUCGGCACGACCUCGGUCGUCGUGUUCAGCGCCAGCAUCUGCAGCCUGAUAGCCUCAAUCUGUGCCUCGCAGGUCGUCUACAUGGACCUGUAGCACCUUAGCACGCCUUUGCGUUGUGAUACCAACCGCGGAGGGGUUAUUGCCUACUGACUACUUUUGUCUGCCCGAAAGCGAGCUACUUUAGCACCUUAUUUAAAUCGUGUACAAGGUUCUGGAGGUACUGGACGGGGUUUUGAGAAGGGUUGAGUACGAGAGAGGCUGCUACUGCUUACUGUUUAGCGUGUGUUUUUUUCAGCGCUUAUACACUUUACAAAAUAAAAACUCUCCCCUUUCCAGCCCGCCAUCGCUCCUUUACCAGUGCACUUUUGCAUGUUGUUCCUGGCCUGAAGAGGUGUUUGUGAAGUUUGUGGUUUACGAUACUGUAUUUAUUAAUGCGAUGCUUACGAUUUGUGAAAUAAAAACCUAAUUUUAAACUACUAUUAAA